CACUGCUCGUACCGGCCGGCGACGACCUGCACAGCCCGGCGCCUCCGCGACGCGCGCCCCGCGAAGCGACGACCAGUGCCACCGAGUGUGUGAUUGUGUAUGUGUGUGCGUCGGGUGAGGGUGGAGUGACACGACGAGACGACCGCCCCGCCGCCGCGCGUGACACCCACUGCGUGACACCCACUGCGUGACAACCUCGCGACAGCGACCAGCAGGAUUUUAUUGGCCGCGCUCUUCGACAAGGGCGACCCUUUCGCGGCCCGUUGCACGUCCCCGUCGUCGCGCCGAUAGCCGCAGCCGCCAUGUCGGCCAAGAGGAAGGCCAGCAUACCCAAGCCCGCCAACGGACCCGUCGCCUUCGUCACCCACCAGGAGAAGUUCUCCCCCACCGAGGCCGACGCCCCCGACGACGACCACUUUGCAGCGCGUAACGGCGACCUCCGCCUGUCGCUGUCGUCCGUGUCGUCCGCUGACCACUCCCCCGGCAGCGCCGCCGUGGCCGAGGACCCCGCCGUGGCCGCCACGGCCGCGCUGUGGAACUACCACGCCGCGCUCACCAACGCCAAGAAGACCCCGCCCGGCGUGCGCGACCAGAUGAGCCCCGUGACGGUGGACCGCGCCUCCAUCGGACACGACUCGUCCUCCGUGCACGACGAGACGUCCUCCAGCGGCAACAAGGACGACGACGAUGACGACGACGAGGAGGCCGACGAACGCCUGGACGCGCACAAGUACGACCCAGAACGACUCAAGGCCUUUAAUAUGUUUGUGCGCCUUUUUGUGGAUGAGAAUUUAGAUCGCAUUGUGCCAAUAUCAAAGCAGCCAAAAGAAAAAAUCCAAGCCAUUAUAGAUUCCUGCACCAGGCAAUUCCCUGAAUUUGCAGAGCGGGCCCGGAAAAGAAUACGAACUUAUCUCAAGUCUUGUCGUAGAAAUAAGAGAACAAGAGAUAGCAAUGGCACAUGGGACACUGCACGCCCCACACCUGCUCAUCUUACUUCAGUUCAAGCAGAGCAAAUUCUGGCAUCUGCGUGUGAAAAUGAAAGUCACAAUGCGAAGAGAAUGCGUCUUGGUCUAGAACCUGUUAGUCAGCCUAUGCCUGUGUUAGCAGGUGCUGUUCCUGUUGACACCAUAGCAAGAACAACGAUGCAUGAGCAUUUCACAACAACACAAGCAACAUCUACAACUCCUGUAGCUGUUACAACUGGUGGUGCAUCAGCAGGCCUUCCAGUUUCUCACAACCAAGGAGUCAACAUGACUACCUCACCUGCCUUCAACAUUACUCCAAGUUCAGAGCGGGAAAGCAAGAUUCAGCACAGUAUUAAUAGUAUCACAAAUAACAACAAUCACAUGGUAAACAACAAUAAUACUACAGCCUUUCCUUACAACAACUCCAUUAAAAAGGAACCAAGCCUUGAGAUAAUACCCACACAAAUGAAAUCCUGUCCUACUGUGAAUAACACCUCCACUGUACACUCAACCCACACAAAUAACAGCUCAACAACUAUUACCCCUGUCAAUGGAACAUCUCCACAGACAACAACUUCAUCAACUCCUCCUACCUUAUAUCGACCCAACUUUUCACAGGCUUUUCAACGAACAAAUGAUACAGUCUCUCCAGUUUCAUCUGGGCCUACAGAUCUCAGCAUGAAGACCACCACAACCAAACCGCUAUUGAGUCAUAAACUGAGUAGCACAGAAAUGAUAGCAGUCCGACAACUUAUAACGGGCUACAGAGAGUCUGCAGCAUUUCUUUUGCGUUCAGCAGAUGAGCUCGAGCAGCUGCUUAUCAACCAGCCGUAGAAGUGGAUCAAUGUUCCUCGGGGAUUUAAAUUUUGAAGAAGGAUAGAGGCAGCAUAGCAUGUAUGCACAAAAGACCCUGACCAGCUUUAAAACUGUGUUAGAGUUAAAUGGGAUUCAUGCCAUUGCCCCUUGUUAGUCACUUGUGAGACUGAUUAAAGUACAAUUAUUUUCUAAUUUCUGUGCUUAGAGUAAAUUGAAAAGGCUACAAUGUGUGUAUAGGGUUUGGUCGUUUGCAAGAAUUUUUCAGAAUGCCAUUUUCUCAACAAUUUGCUUUUUGGCAAGAUGUUUCUGUGUUGGUAAUUUCAAACAAAUAAUAAUUACAUUCCAGUUUCAUACAAAUAGGGUUUUUCAAUUUUCAAUGUCAUCUCAUUUUUAUGUUAGUAUUAUAGCUGUUCUCAAGUUCAUAUUGGUGUAUUUAGGAAUUUUCAGUAUCUAGAAAUGUUUUUCUCUGACAAGCUUCAUUGCUCUGCAUGUUCUGAAUAAAUUCUUCUACUUAAGUCUAUUACCAUGUGAGAAUGUGGAAUGCUGCUGUUGUAUUGUUAAAUUAACAACAAGAACGAUUUGAAUAAAUACUAGUAGUGCUGAAUCAUUAUUGUUAAAACUGUACAUGUGUGUAUAAAUUAAAUGUAACUUUAAAGUUUUGUACCUGCUGUGAAGCAAGUCAAUUUUAUAAGUUUUAAGGCAGGAAGUUUUAAAUCUAAUUUUUCUGCAAAGGGAAUUCAAGUACCACCUUGUUGUUUGUUUUCUUUAUUAAUUUUCUUUCUUUUCCAGCUACAGCUACAAUUUAUGAUCAUUAACUUGUCCAUUUCCCUAAGUGUUUUGCCCUCAAUUAUAUUUCUAAUGUCUUAGCUGUGAUUUAUAUGUGUCCAUACAAUUUAUUUUCAGUGUACAUCACUCAUUGUCGUCUUGUAGAAGAUUUAAGCUGUUGAAUGAUUGUUGAUCAAUGUUCACUGUUUGCAGUAGUCAUGUGUGUGUUAAUUAAUGUUGAUGUUCCUUUAUGUCUCAGAAAAUUGUUUUUCAAUUCAUUAUUGAAGGAGAGUAUCCAAUAAAAACUGUAUUUAAACUUUA